CACCACCAACCAUAUCCCAUUCUCAUCACAAUUUUAUAAUAUAUAUGAAAAGAAAAACAAACAUUAGAGGUGUAAUGUAAAAGCAAGCCAUGUGAAGGCAUUAGUUGUCCAAAUUCCCCAUGCAAUUUCUCCUUUAAAUUACCACAAUACCCCCAUCCAACAUUCAACUUUCCCAUUUUGCCACCACCACCCUCACACUUCAUUAGAAAGAAGAAAAAAGAAAAAAAAAAAACUCAAAUCUAAUUUUUCAAAUAAAAACGAAGUCAACUUGCAAAAAGCAUCUGUUUUCCUUUGUGCAGUUCUUCAGGAAAGAACAACAUCAUCAUCAUCAUCAUCAUCAUCAACAACAACAAAGAGAAAAACAGUAACUUUCCUUUCCUUCUUUUCCUUUCUUUUUUUAGAUUAAGAGUUUUCUUCAAUUCCAUCUUCUCUGUUCUUCAAAAAAAACAAAAAAUGAAACCUUCUCAAUCAAAACCCCUCAUUAUAUCCAAAUACUUCGUGUUAUCCCUCUUCUUCUCCCUCCCUUUUCUCCUCCUCCUCUCUCUCCGCCCUUACUACCACCGCUUCUCCUCCCCCCCCACCAACAUUCCCACCCCUGAUUUAAAGAUCCGACCCGGCUACACUUCCUACGAACAUUACAUCAAGAAGCAACUCAACAAAACCCUAGACCCCAAGCUCCGCAAGAUAUGGACCACCCGAGAUUGGGAUCGCAAAAUCCAAGUCUUCUCCAGAUUCUUCGACGGUUUAAAACGGGAAGGCCUAAUCUCCACGGAAUCCAAAGCCCUGUGUAUCGGAGCAAGGGUCGGGCAAGAGGUGGAGGCGUUGAAGAAGAUUGGAGUCUCGGAUUCCAUCGGAAUGGAUCUGGUUCCUUACCCGCCGUUGGUGGUUGAAGGUGAUUUUCAUAAUCAGCCGUUUGGGAACAAUAGUUUUGAUUUCGAAUUCUCUAAUGUCUUCGAUCACGCGCUGUACCCGGAGCGGUUCGUGGCGGAGAUCGAACGGACGUUGAAGCCCGGCGGGAUCUGUGUGUUGCACGUGGCGUUAUCGCGACAGACGGACAAAUACUCCGCCAAUGACCUUUACAGUGUGAAGCCGUUGGAGGCCUUGUUUCGGAGAUCGAUGGUGGUUCGCAUUGGGAAGAUCGACGGCUUCGGAUUGGACACGGAGAUUGUUUUCAGAAAAACGGCAAACACCAUCCAACGGUCUUGAUUCAUUCAUUAUUUCUUUUUGUAUUUACUUAAAAAAAAAUAGUUUUGAAUUUUUUUAAAGAUAAAAUACCAUUUCGUUUCCACAUCGACCCUAAUUAUAUUAUUUUGAAUUGUGUAAUUUUAGUUUUAUAAAUAUGAUCUCUCAUAUUAAUAA